UUUAAGGAGGGCAGAGGCCUGGAGUGCCCUCUUUCUCCCAGGAGAGCUUCUGUCUCAGGAGGCAGCAUCUCUCUCGGGGGCCUCAGCGGCAGACGAAGUAGCCGACGUGGACGAUGUGGAAGAUGAAGAAGUUUACCAACUUGCAGCCACGCAAGUGGCUGUCGAGCUGGCAGAGGAAGCACAAGGUGGACAACUGGCAGACGCAGGCAGCAGCGCAGGAAGAGGAGAACAGCACCUCUUCUGCUGCCGUGGCUGAGCAGGUGAGAGCGGCAGGGGCAGAGAGCCAGGGAGCUGCCCCACAGAGCCCCAGAGGCUGCGGCCGCGCUGUGCUGGACACACUGCAGCGCGUGGCACGCGCCACCCGGCGCAGGCUUGCGGUUGGGAUCCGGCGACGUGGCCAGGAGCCGGAGCCACAGAGGGAGGUAGAACCAGGUAUGGAGGUAGCGACAGCAGGAACAUCCCCAGCAGCAGGGUCAGAGAGGCAGGACUCUUUCCUGCAAAGCCCCUACUGUCCCCCCAGCCCCUUCCCAAGCCAUCCGGAAGCUCUCAGUGGGCAGUGGGCCGGGGCAGCAGCAGGGGCAGCGCUGCCAGUGGCAGAGAGCAAGGAGGGGGCCUGGUCUGAGGAGCUCUCAGACAUCUGCAGCCUCCUAGAGCUGCCCCAAGAAGAAUGCAGCGGAGGCCAAAGCUGGAGGAGUAGAGAAAAGAGGCUCCCCGUGCCCAUGCCACGUGAGGCAUGGUCAGAGCCCUGGGACCUUCAAGCGCCCACACGGACAGCCCGUGCCCCAGUUUGCCCGUGCCUCACCAGCCCUUACAUCAGGCCACAGGCCCCGAGCCCGGACGCCUGCCCCCUCAGCCCCUCGCCAAGCCAGCUGUCAGUUCUCACUGGGCAGUGGGCAGGGCUCCCAGAGGUCUCCAGGGAGUCCCGAAGGGAAGAAAAUGCACACCAACCGCUGUCCCAGGAAGAAGACAGCCACAACAAGGAGCUGGCAGAGAAGAAAGGGGAAGUUGUCAAAAUCUACACCAUCUGGGUCAAGCCCUCCCUCAUACCGGUCCUGCUGGAGCCUCAGCCUGCUGGCCAGGAAGGGCCCAAAUGUCCCUGUAUCAUCUGUGCAGGGGCAGCAGAAGAGGUAGUCAGGGACCUGCACAGCACAUCUCCUGCCCCGGCAGGUCCCAGGCACCACCAGCCAACAGCUGCUGCCCCGCAGCGCCCCAGAGGCUGCUGCCCCGCCGUGCUGGACACGCUGCAGCGCGUGGCACGUGCCACCCUGAGCGGGAUUGCAGCUGUGAUCCGGCGACGGGGCCAGCAGCCGGGGGAACAGCAGCACCCAGCUCAAGGCCUGGACGCAGCCAUGCUGGCAACAGCCCCAGCAGCAGGGGCAGAGAGCCAGGCAGCUGCCCUGCACAGCCCCUGCUGCCCCCCCAGCCCCUCGCCCAGCCAGCUGGAAGCUCGCAGUGGGCAGUGGGCAGGGGCAGCAGCGCAGACGGUCCUGCCCCUGCCACUGACUGAGGAGGGGGCCUGGUCAGAGGACGAGAGUCUCUGGGACAUCUCCAGCCUCUUAGAGCGGUGCCAGGGGCAAGAAAACACAGCCCAAAGCUGGAGUACCGGGGGAGCAAGUAGCUCUGUGUCCUUCCCAUCUGAGGCAUGGGCAGAGCCCUGGGACUCUUCAUCAGGCACAUCCACCUCCACCUCUACGGACUGAGCUGCUGGGGGCAGUCUGAGACGUGUCCUUACCACCUGCAGCUGCACUUGAAGGAAGAAGGCCUUUUUCCAACCAAGACAAAGCUCAAAGAAGAAAUCCCAAGAACUGCAGGCCGUCAGGGGGGCCACUUGCUGCGAGGACGACUUGCUGGCAUGGGACAGACCACGCACUGAGCAUUGGCAAGUCGAGCCCUCACCUACAGCUGUCUCAGCACAGCGGCCCUCUCUCUUCGGGCGGGCGCUCCGGGCUCUGCGCAGGGCAUUCCGCUGACCCUGCCUGGUGGGACGGGAUGGCGGCUCCCAGGGUGUGGCGGUGACCGCAACGACAUCCACCUGAUGACCGGUCACCAGUGGUGUCACCCAGGGCUCAGUGUUGGGGCCAGUCCUGCUGGUCUGUUGGUUUGGAUUGCCCUUUUCCCGGUCAGCGAGGACUUCACCUGACUGCCACGAUUUUCCAAAACCAUGGAGAGUGGCCUAGCAACUUUGUCUGCCAGCUCCCUCAGGACCUGUGGAUGAACCUCAGUGGGUCCCUUGUGCACAUUCAGGUUCCCGACACGAACCUGAUCCUCUGCUGCAGGGGACUUAGGCUCUUCUUGUGCCAGUCCCUGCCUUUGCCUUUCUCCACUUGGGCGGCGUGGCUGGAGCACUUGCUGUCGAAGACUGAAGCACAGAAGUCCUCAAGAGCCUCAGCCUUCUCUUUGUGCAUGAUAGCCACGUCUGCCAGUUCCUUCUGGAGAGGGCCCACCUUAUCCCUAGUCUGUCUUUAGCAAGACAGCUGUAGAAGCCCUUCCUGUUCUCCUUAAGAGACAGACUCAAGCCGAGGCGGGCCUUGGCUUUCCCACCCUUGUCCCCAGCUUCCCUACCCUUGUCCCCAUCCUCCCAGGCCACCUGUCCUUUCCAUUCCCUGAAGUAGGAGAAUAAGUCCCCUUAAGUUCUGUAGGUUUAAGUAGGGGUAGGGAAGAAUUAGUCGAGUUAAGUUCCAUAGGAUAAAGUAGGGAUAGGUGUUAGCAGUGCUCUCCACUUGACUUUCAAAGUACAAGGUAAAGGCCGUCUCAUGCUUUCUCUUCCCGUUUCCUGACCAAAAUUACAAACGGUGCUUUAGCAUGGGCGGUGACCUAGGAGAGCCUAGUGUUUCAGGUAGACUUGUGAGAGUUUCAAAUAAAGAUUGGUUUUGCAAGAAAAGUGUCAGGAAGCUUGUGUUUUGAAAGAGAAAAAUAUUUAGCGGUUGGGCUCGGACUUGUUCCUUAGGCAGCUGAGCUGUGUCCGUUGGCAAGUGCGUGUGCAAUAGAGCUGUCCUGGAGGCCGAAGGCAGCACAGGGACGUCUGUAAGCACAGCUGGGUAACAGCCACCGAGUGGGUCUUUCCUUCUUGGAAGUAGAAGUUUGUUUUUCAGGCUCUCCUGAUGUUCGUGUGUUGCUGCCCUCCAUUUUAUAUGGAGGAGUUCUUGGAAGACGUGCCUUCUGGGGCUGGGCCGCUGCUAAAUUACAACAGGAUAUCUAGAAGCCUUUGUUGAAAUAAAACUACUGGUUUGACCAAUA